AUGAAACUGGAUAAAGUACAGCGAGAAGCGGAUGAGACUCUGGAGACGUGCCGGAACAUGAUCGCCUUUGGGCCGGAGGGCUGGGUGCCCACCGAGCACUACGAGGAGGCCAUGGCACGCAGCAAGCAGUUGAAGGAGGAUACGUUAGCCGCGGCCACAUCGGCGGAGGAACGGGCUGAGAUUGCAACACACUGGCUCUUGGACGACAUGGACGAAGAGAAAUACACAUAA